AUGUUUUGUAUUGCAUGCCAGAGGAAGUUCAACACAAAGAAGGCAUACAAAGCUCAUGUUGAAACUAAUUCGCAUCUAAAACAUGAAGAUGAGUAUAGGAAAAACAAGAACCAAGUGCUUGAGAGGAACACAAGCAAUUUUAUUGCUGAUUUCCAGUCUUAUAUUUCUCAGAUCGUAGAGUACAAAGAAAUGGGACAGGUAUAUAAAGAUUAUCUUAGCAAAAGCAGGUUUAGAAUUGAGGGGACUUUAUUUAAAAGCAUAGAGGAAGUGAUUGAGAAGAUUUGUAGUGGAAUAUCUGUUUUAAGGCAAGAUGGAAAGAUUCUUGUGAAGCAACUACCCAAAACUAAUGCCGAUGCAUUCAAAACAGCGCCGCUUCUUAAUUUGGAAAGAUUAUCACAACCUUUCAGAAUACGAAUUGUUGAUAAGAAGAUAAUAAGAAGAUUACUGUAA